AUGGUGAACGAAACACGAGACUAUGUUUGUGUCUUUAUUCUAUUUCUUGUCAAUUUAUGCAACAAUAUGGAUAGAUAUACCAUAGCUGGUAAAUAUUUUUCAGCUAGAGUUAGGCUUAAUUAUUUUUCUCAGGAGUUCUACCUGAUGUUCAACGUUAUUAUGAUAUCAAUGACAGUCUGGGUGGUUUAAUUCAAACAGUUUUUCUGAUAUCUUUCAUGGUAAUCUCGCCACUUUGCGGAUAUUUAGGAGAUAGGCAAGUUUCUAAACUUUUUAAAAUCCGGAUGAAAAUUCACGAAAUGUCAGGAUUUGAAAUGUAAGAUCACAAGACACAAUUUCUGCUUGAAAUGUUAAAAUUGGUUAUUGAAAAAAAAGACGACCGUACCAGAUUUUCAACAAAAAAAUCCAACUCAAAUACUCAGGCGCAGGCUGAGCGAAGCUCUAGACUGCGCUAUUUGGGGUUGGGAUUUAAUAUUAGCUUCUGGAUAUUAUAUUGAAUUCUGAAAAUAACGAUUCCUUUUCAAAAUAUUCAAAAAUAUUCCAGAUAUAAUCGAAAAUAUGUAAUAAUGGUUGGAAUGGCAAUUUGGCUACUCUGUGUAUGCGCAUCAACGUUUGUUCCAGCUAAUGUAAGCUAUUUCUACACGUUUUGAAAAAAAAGUUCCUCGUAUGAAUUGACCAAAAAUCGUCGUGAAAGAUUCUUAUCAAAAUAAUGGCACAUCAUAAAAGCAGAUCAAAAGGUUACCGACGGCUCAAAAAUGUGCGUUUUUUCAGCUCUUCCCAUUAUUUCUCGCAAUCCGAUCUUUAAUUGGAGUUGGUGAAGCGUCGUAUGUGAAUAUUUGCCCGACGAUGAUUGGAGAUAUGUUUACAACAGAUAGACGAACUAAAGUUUAUAUGUUCUUUUAUUUGGCCGUUCCUGUUGGAAGGUUAGAACUUUUGGAAAAAUGGAAAACACAAAAUUUGAUCAACAAAAAAUCUAGAAUCCAAAACAAACUCACGAACCUCGAAAACUAGAUAAAAAUAACUCGUAUGGAAAAUUACCUCAUUUGAAAAUCAUGCUUGAUCGUAUUGUCAAUCUUACUGAAUAUUGAAAUUAUUCAAGCUUACAACAGUUUUUUUGAAGCAACAAAAAAAUUUCACAAUUUUUCCAGUGGUCUCGGUUACAUCAUCAGUUCAAAUAUUGCUGAAAUCACACAUCAGUGGCAAUGGGGAGUUCGGGUAACUGGAGUGUUUGGAAUCAUCGCGUUUAUUCUUCUUGGUGUUUUUGUAUAUGAACCAGAACGUGGAGCAGCUGAAAGAGCAGAAGGAAAAGAGCAGGCUCAUAAAAAUCUAUCAUACAUUGAUGACCUUCGAGUUAUCGUCCGAUGGUAGUUUUUAUAUUGAGAAACUGUUGAAAAUUUUCAAAAUUUCCAGCAAAACUUACAUUUUUGUGACAAUUGGUUAUACAUGUCUGGUUUUUGUAAGUGGAACACUCUCUUGGUGGGUUCCAACAAUUUUGGAAUAUGGUUUGACUUGGAAUUUGGGAUACAAUUCUAUCAAAGAGCUACCAUCCAAAUAUAAAAACGAGUGAGUUUUUGAAUUGUAUAACUUAUUUUUUCAAAUUUUCAGCUAAAGGCAGUGCUGUUUUCUUUUGAGAAGUAAAAGAAUUCGAUCUAAAAUUGUGAUUUCAUAUUUUCUAAAACUACAAAUAGACCUGAAGAAGUCCAAAAAAAACUAAACAACCGCUUUGAAAAUUAUUAUCUGGGUUGGUUACUGUAGUUUACAACACGAAGAACACGGCAUAAUCUUUGCACUUUUUUCGAAAAAAAACUACCCAUUUAAAUUUCCUGGUGAUAAAAUAAAUUCCGAACAUAAAACACACAUUUCAUAACAAUCAGAAAACUGUUAUCAAGGAAAAUUCGAGAUUUUUCGAAAAAAAUUCAAAAAGUAAUAUUCAAAUAAGAAAAACUUCUGAAAUCUUCCUGAAAACAAUAAUUCGCAAAAAAUAUGCAGAGUUGGCGCAACAUUCGGUGUCAUCACUUCACUUGGUGGAAUUGUUGGUGUACUUCUCGGUAACCUUUUGGCACAAGCAUUAGUCAAUGGUUGGUUCGGAAAAUGUUUGAAAACCAAAAGAGGCCACGCUAUUUCGGCUGGAGUCGGUGGAACUAUUGCAAUCCCAUGUUUAUUCAUUCUAUUCUUGUUUGGUUAUAAAAGCGAACUUCUUUCGUGGAUCACAAUUGCAAUUGCACUUAUUGGUGUUUGUUUUAACUGGAGUCUUGGUGUUGAAGUCAUCAAUGUAAAUAUUUUUAUUUUCAAUUUCUGUCGAAAAACAGCACAAACCACAAUUUUUAGAACAUAAUUGCUGCUGAACGUCGGAGCACUGCAUUUGCAUACGUCACUUUAUUCUCUCAUUUAUUUGGAGAUGCUUCAGGUCCUUAUAUUAUAGGCUUGAUUUCUGACGUGAUUCAAAAUGGUCAUCCACAAACUGCGGAAUGGGAAUAUAAAUCACUUGCUUAUGUAAUUUUUCAUGAGAUAUUUCAGAUCGAUUGAAAAAUUGAUUUUUUCAGGCUUCUCUAACUGCUCCAAUAAUGAUGACAAUUUCUGCGUGUUUUUAUUUCAUCGGAGCCUAUACAUACAAGGCUGAUGCAAGAAGAUUGAGCCAAGGAGUUAUCACAAGUAAGUGGGGAUUUUGGAGAAACGUGAAAUUGAAAAUACACUAUAGGAUUCGUUUUUUAGGUUUGCAGUAAACUUUUCAGACACUGUAUUUAGUAUGUAUUGUAUCAGUAUUUUGAACCAAAUGUCUACUUGACAUUUUUCAAAAUAAAAACCAAAGUUUAUAGUUUUUUUAUAUCAAUGAUUUCUACUAAUAGAUCAAACAUACUUUGAGCAAAAACCGAUAUAAUUUUUAACGAGUUUUCAGAGUACUCAAUUCUCAAUUGACAUGUCCCUUAUCUAGAAUUGUUUUAUUUUUCAGACAAAAACCAUCAAGUUCACAUUGUUCCUGAUCUUACGAUAACAUCAGUUCCAAUUGAAUCAUCAUCUUCAUCUUCAACAUCUCCAGAAUUUGAUUCGAGAAAGUUUGCAAGUUACGAUGUCUGUCAUAUAUGAUCUCAAAAUCAGACAUAAUCCCCCGUUUUUUGUUUUUUGUUUUCUAGUUUUUUUCUUCUAUUCCACCAAAAAAUAAAGAUGAAAAUUGAAACGAAACUGUUACAAACAUAGAACAAUUUAAAGAUUAUGGUCUGUUCCCAAUGAAAAAUGGGAGGAGACAAGAAAAAAUUGAGAAAAGAAAAAAUCAUUAUUUUUGCCUCUUCUUACCUAGCAACUAAAAUUCUCAACAUCAGAAAAAAAGAAAAAAGUCAUCAUUAUGCAAACAUUUGAUUUUAUCAAAUUGUCGAAUAAUCCCUUACCUCAAUCACACAAUCAUUUUGUUCAUAAUCAGAGGGUUGCGAGAAACGAUUCGAAAUUUGUCAUGAAAUCAAUAACUCUACUUUUAUUACUGGUAUUUUUUAUGGUUUUUGCAGUUGGACAUAAUGAGGUUGAGUUUGUUUUAUUUGGAAAUUCUUGAAGAUUUUUUGUUUUCAGAAAAAGUCUCGACAUGUGAAAUUGGAGGAUGCUGUGGUAAGUUCAAAUCAGGUUUCGGAAUUAUACAGGGUCUAAAAUAUAAUCCGGAGAACUUUGAAAAUGUUUUUGCACUUUGAUUGACAAGUUCUUAUAGAACAUUAGUUCGACCUUUCAUAAAUUAUUUAGUUCAAAUUCAGGGUUGUAAAAUAGGUAUAAAGAAUGGUUUUCAUGUGGGAAUUUGUCUUUUUUCAAUAUAAAAUGUUAAAUUUAAAAAAAUGUCUUCGAGGUUAGAAUAAAUCUCAAUUUUUCAAUUAGAAUGAGCUACGAAAAAAUGUUGCAGCCGAAAAAGUUCUGCAAAAGUAGAACUUUAAAAACAAAGAAUUCAUCUGGAUUUCCUUAAAAAUCUCAAGAAAAACCUUAUGAAUUGCUGAAUUAUUUUCAGUAAAAUUUUUUUUUGUAAAUACAGUUAUAGUUUUUUUGCAAAAAUUAUUCUCUUUCACUUUUUAAAAUGUUUUUUACUCCCAGACUAUACAAAUUUUGCACUCAUAAUUUUUCUCCAGAAGAUUACCUACUUUAUCGGAAGCUUAUCAGAAUGAUGUCAUUCAUUAUCGAAAAAAAAAACGUUGCCACUAUUAUGUCAUAUUUCAAAACUCAACAAUUUUCUUAAAUUUUCAAACAAAAAAAUACAGUUUCAGACUUCACCGAGCUACUCUACUUCAACACCAAAAGUAUGGCAUGAAUGUGCAGUGAGUGCACAAAUCACUUCGAAAAAGUUCAAAAUUUUGGAUGGAAAUGUUUGUUUGCGUAAGUGACAUCAAUACAUAUGAUAAAAAGAAAAAAGAAGUGUUGUUAAUCGGUUUACAUGUGGUUUGAACCGUGAAAAGCUUCUUAUUUUCAAAUUUCAGCUGGCCAAAAAAUGGAAGAGUGCAAGACAUGGAGAAUGACAAAUGGUAUCAUUUUAAAAUAUCAAGAUGAUAUGGAUGAUAAUUGUGAUGCAAUCAUGCAGUAUACAAAUAUGGUAACAUUUAUAAGGGUACAAGGGGUCCCAUUAGCUAUUUUAAUCGUCUGAUAGGGCCUCCCUUAUAUUUUGUAGAGAUGUAGAGACUUCUCAAAAUAUCAUCAUUCACCUAAUAAUUUUCAAACAAUCCAACUGUGCAACCUUUUUUCAGACAACUUCGAGUUGCACAUCAACCAGUCAAAUUCAAUGGUUAUUCCCAGGAAGUAACACAAAUCAAGAUUGUAAUUAUAUUUAUAAAUUCAACUCUCCUUCUCUAAAAAGAGCUAUGACGAGUUUCAAUUUUACACGAGCUUUGGCUAGCAAUAAAACUCCACCAGGUCAAGCAAUGUUUAUUUUUCUACAAGGAUUGGUUAGUUUUUCUCUUUGAAUGUGAAUUUAAAAAUUAUAAAAAAUUACAUUUAUAAUUUUUUUAGUUGAAUUGUAUGGCCAGUUCUCCAGUGAGCGAUGUGGAUGGGGCAAUUUUAAAUAUCUUCACUGAUAUGACAUAUGUUGAUCUUUGCGGAAGUGAGCUCUUUUUGAGCUCAUUUUCGGAUACAAUUGGAAAAUUGAUAAAGGGUGGAUAUAUUGUCAAGUUUAUUUUUUUGAAUCAAUAUUUAGUUGAUAACAAAGGUCAGUUUUCACUUUGAUUCUGAAAAUGUUUCAACGUAGAACUUUUAGACAACGUUGAAGCUGUUCUAUCCGGAUGUUUAUACAAUGAUGAUUCUUCGACUUGUGAAAUUUUGGAUUCGGCUUCAAUUGAAGAUACAGAGUCUUUUUCGAUUUGUUUGACUGACCAGUAUAAUAAUAAAGAUUUGAAUAAUGCUACUUUAAGUGAGUUUCGGUAGGAGAUGAAUCUAAUUAUGGAAAUCUGAAAAAAAUUAACUUUACAAGCUUUACUUCCAGAACUUGUUUUGAUUAUCGUGAUCCCUUCACUUUGUCUAACCGCUUGCUGCAUCACAUUUAUUGCUUGCUGUCUAAAAUGCUGGAAACUCAAACUCGCAUUCCAUCGACUUCAAAUGUUCGGAGGUCACGAUGAUGAUAAAAAUGCAAAUCCAUUCAUGAGAAGACUCAGGAAACAUAAAGAAAUUGAUCGUUUGGAAAAUGGAAAAGAUAAUGAGUAAGUAAAAUAGAUCAAAUAUUUUCUCACAAAUAGUUUUUUAAGUUGGGCUCAUUUUGCUGCAGCUAACAAUUAUAUGGAUAUCAAUGCAUUGGCAACGGCUAAUCGGUAAGAUUUUUCGCUGUUUUUUGUGAUUAUAAAAACCAUAAUUAUAAUUUUCGUAGUUCCGAUGUCUGGGAAAUUGAAGCGACUAAUUUAUUGGUCCAAGAAGAUCAUUUAUUGGGAAAUGGUGCAUUUGCAAAUGUUUACAAAGGAAUUGUGAAAGGAAAAAUUCCCCUUUUGGUAGUUAAUAACAAAUUGAAUUUGGUUGUCGAAUCUGAAAAUAAUGGACAUUACGAAGCAGCUGUGAAAAAAUUGCCGCCACACGCUGAUGAACAAAAUCGACUUGAUUUCUUCCAUGAAAUUGAAUUUAUGAAACGUCUUGGACAUCAUCCUCAUGUUAUUAGGUAAGCUUUUUGUGUGGUCUAUUCAUAUCAGGGUAGUUCAAUAUAUAUUUUUACAGUAUGUUGGGAUGUGUCUCAAAUAUUUAUGAUCCUUUAAUUGUUGUUGAAUAUUGUUCAAGAGGAGAUUUGCUGAAAUUUUUGAGAAGACAUAAAGAUUAUGUUUUGAUGAGCAAGGAAGAUGACUGUCCAGUCGAGGCUGAUAUGUGUGUUAGAAUUAAAGAUUUGGUAUCAAUCGCGUGGCAAAUCGCAGAUGGAAUGGUGAGAUUUUCAAUAAUUUUUUAAAACUUUCAAAUGUUGUCUACAGGCCUAUUUGAACUCGAAAAACUUCAUCCACCGAGAUUUGGCGGCCAGAAAUGUGCUAUUGACAAAGAGUUUUACUGCAAAGGUAAGUUGGGAAAACUUUGGAUGAUUGGGUAAUUCUCUUCAUUUUUAAAACCUUCACUUUUUAGGUCAGCGACUUUGGUCUCUGUCGUUAUAUUGAUUCUGCCCUAUACACCGCCAAAGGCGGUAGACUUCCAAUAAAAUGGAUGUCUACAGAAGCUCUCAAAUUAUACGAGUUCUCUUCAAAAAGUGAUGUUUGGUCAUUUGGAAUUGUUCUUUUCGAAAUCUUCUCACUCGGAGAUGUUCCUUAUCCAACAGUUCAACCAAUCGAUAUGCUUGAAUAUUUGCUAACUGGAAAACGUUUGACUCAACCAUUGAAGUGUCCCAAUGAAAUGUAAAUAGUUUUCUAUUGAAGCAACUAAUUUUAUUUUGAUAUUUUCAGAUUUUCAAUCAUGGAACGAUGUUGGGCUGAAAAUCCAGAAGAUCGUCCAGAAUUCAAUGAAAUUCGUGGGGAACUCGCAGUUAUGUUGAAUUUGGAUGACGAAAGUUAUGGAUAUUUGAAUAUGGAAUCUGAUGAUGGUUAUCCAAAAAUUUCUAGUCUAACAAUGCAAGACUCAUUUAAUGUAAGAUAAUUCAACUCACGAUUGUCUAUCAAUCAAAAAUUUCAAUUUCAGCAAUCCAGUUCAAUGGAUAGAGAGUCAGGUUCCGCAAAAAUGGACGAAGAAGAAGCUCAAGAGCGAUGUCAAAAACUAACUGAAAUAAUGAGCGAAAAAUAUGGAAGUGAACAGGCGGCAGAGAUCAAAGAUUUGAUUUGUGAAAUAUUUCCAAGAGGUCCACAAACAAAGUCUUCUGAAUUUUCUAGCAAAAAAACAAGCGCCGCUUCUUCAUUUUCUAGUUGAUUUUUCAUUGAUUUUUCAUCGCAUUAUUUUCUCUUGAUCUCAAAACACAUAAAUAAAUUAUUAAUCUUACAUGUGCAUUCUCUUGCCUUUGGGAAUUUUUAAAAUCUGCUCUAUUGGAAACCACGCUAUUUAUGUCAUAAUUUUUUGUAGAUUAUGAUUCCGUUAAACAUUUUUUGGGCGUUAUCGGGUGUUAAAAGCGCUUAAAUUUUAGGGAAUUUUUAUCAGUGAAUCUGAAGUUUUGUAGGUAUCAAAAAACGUGCUCAGAAUUGAAAACUUUCAGAAAAAAGAUAGGAGGUUAAACAUUACAGAAAAUUUGGAGGGCGGGGGGUUGAUUGAGCUCAAAUAGUGAAAAAAUUAGAUUUUUUUGAGAAUAAACCUGAAUGUGAGAUUCAAGGAUCAGAUGUUUCGAAGUAAUUCCUCCCGGACUUCCUUUUUUGGUAAAAUUCUUCCCAAAAUCUCAACAAAAAUUUCGAAUUUCGCAAUACUUUUACUAAAAAUUUUAUUUUUCCUUUUUUCUUUGCGUUUUCUCAAAAAAUAUAUCUCUCCUCAUCAAACGCGCUCCAUUGCAAACGCUUUAUUUAUAAAAUAAUAUUUUUGGAAAGUUGCAUAUUCGUGUUUUUUUUUCUUUAAAAAAUAUCUUUUUUUUCCAGAAAAAUGGCUCAAGAAGAAGUGGAUGGUUGGUCAACAGCUGAACUCAAUAAGCGGGCUUUCAACACAAUAAUCCCUGGUCGAUGUUAUAACGAUGCCAAUCUUCAAAUUAACAGCAUCACAUUCAGUGAAACUGGAUUGCAAGCAAUUGUUUCAACAAAUGAUGAUUCGAUUUUUUUGUAUGAUUUAAGUUCGGGAAUGCGAUCGAGAAGUAUUAACAGCAAAAAAUAUGGGGCUUCUAAUGUCAAAUUUGCGUCUGAGGCAACUUGUGCGAUUCAUGCAAGCACUAAAAUUGAUCGUGAGUUUUUUAAUGAUUCACAUCGUUUUUAAUUGAAUGAGGGAGAGUUGCUUCAAAUAAAAAUUGUUAUUCCUCGCUUUGGAAGUGGUAAAAGUUAUCACAUUAAAACCAACACUGCUCAGGAAAAGUGAGGCUUGAAAUAAUAAACACUUACUUUUUUUGAAAUCACCAACAUGAGAAAAGUAAAAUAAAUAUUUCAAAAAUAUUAAAUUUUUCAAGAUUUUCAUGAAACAUCCAGAAAUCGCUUGAAAAUUGUUCUAGAACAUAAACCUAGAUGGAAAAAUCUUCAAAUCAAUCUAGAUGGCUAGUUUGAAGCAGAAGUAUUCUGAUUUUCUCAAUUUACUUGUAUAGAUUAACUAAUUUAGAGUAGGGAGUUUCAUCAAACAUUCUUUUCGCAUUCAAAACUUCGUCAUUCUGAAAUUUUAAAGAACCUCGAGUAGAAUUAUUUCUAUACUAAAAUCCAUCAAUUUUGUGUUUUCAUAAGUACUUCAGAAAAUUUAAAACAACAUUUAUUUUUCAGACACAAUUCGCUACCUCUCUCUCGCAGACAACAAAUAUAUCCGCUAUUACGCUGGUCACGAAGGUCUUGUUACUGGGAUCAGUAUGUCACCAAAGGAUGAUAUGUUUCUAUCAGUCAGUGAAGACAAAACUCUUCGUAUAUGGGAUCUGAGCUCGUCCAGUUGCUUGGGAUUGAUGGAAUUAGAAACAUCAGCGGUUGCCGAUUUCGAUUCACUUGGUGUCAUUUUUGCAGUCGCUAGUUCUGGGCAUUUAAAAUUAUACGAUUUGCGCUCUUAUGAAAAAGGUCCAUUUUCAAGUUUCGUUGUUCCAAAUGAAUGCUCAACAGAUGAUUGGGUAUCAUUGAGAUUCUCUCCAUGUGGAACUUAUAUACUCAUUUCAACCAACACUGACAAAUUACUUCUUUUGGAUGCUUAUACUGGAACAACAAAAUAUAUUCUUCAGGGUCAUCAGAAUAAACCGGUAAGUUUUUCUACAAUUUUCAGUUGUAGCACAUAUCCCGCGUAUGCUUAAACUAUUGAUUUGAGGUUGACAAUCAAGCUUGAAGAUUUUUUGAUAAUUUUUCAAAAGAUAUUUUCAGUAGCUGUUUUUUUUCAUUUCAUCAUUUUGCAGAGAUUCCCCUUGAAGGGCUCAUUCGCACCGGAUUCAAAAUAUGUUGCAUGUGGAAGCAGUGAUAAAAAAAUUCACGUUUGGUCCACAGAAAGCGGUGAAAUCGUGCACACUUUUAAUGAAUCGCCACACCACUCACCACCAUUGAUUGUCGAAUGGAAUCCGCAAUUCAUUAACUUCUUUUCGGCUGAUAAAAAACUUGUGCUAUGGAAUCCGGUGCAUGAAGAUAUGAGCAAUAUAGAUGACACCUAA